UAUAAAAGCAGCUGCAGGCCUCCAACAGACAGCUAGGGAGAAGCUUUUGCCUGUCACAGCCAUCUGCCCUGCAAGCCGUCUGGAAACAGCCUGGCCUUUGCCUCCAGCUUGGGACAGGACUGUUCUGUUGUCACCCCCGCCACGCCAGUCCCCUGGACUCCAGGUCACUGUCAUGCGGUCUCGGCUCCUGCUGUCUGUGGCCCCACUGCCCACCAUCCGGGAGACCUCGGAGGAGACGCUGCCUACAGACCCAGGACAGGAGCCCCCAGCUUCUCCCAGCCUGGAGGACUAUGUGAGAUCUAUCUGCCAGCUGGCACAGCCCACCACAGUGCUGGACAAGGUCAGCCUUCAGGGUCGACCUAGCCGACCACACCGGGUAGCCCGGGACCGAGAGAGGAGACCAGCUUCAGCUUCUUUCCGCCAGGAGCGGGCUGCCUUCUUCAGCGGUCCGCGGCCCACACCGCCCUCUGCUGGUGUUGCUGACCCGUUGGACUGGCUCUUCGGGAAUUCCCAGGGAAAGCAAAGAGUGAUGAACUUGCCCCUCACAGCAGUCCCCUGCAGCACGCACAGUCAGGUGGACAGCAGCAAGGCCAGGAUGCCAGAGCGGUUGCUGGUGGCACCUUCACAGUACGGGCACCAGAGCGCCAGCCUGCAGAGCCGGACUUUCUCAGCUUCCCGCUGCAGCCCCCGAGCCAGUAGCAUCCUGCGCACCGUCUACUCACAGCUCCCCGUGAUCCACGAACUCUAAGCCUCCUAAUAAAGGCUUCCAUCACAGUG